AUGGAGCUACCAGAUAACCCUCCAAAGGUCGACAUCAGGAGGGAUAUUUACGAGACGCUCCCUAAUACGGCAGAAUUAAUAGACAACUGGGACAUGAUCAACGCCGAGGAGAUCGCAAACGACGUGGUAUCGUGCCUCUCAAAGGCUCUUCAGCAGCGCCAGCACCAUGCCAUCGAAGCCCUCUUCGCCGAACCAUCCUGUCAUUGGAAAGAUACACUAUCUUUCACAGCUCACAUCAGAACUUUCAAUGGCAAAGGUGCCAUUGCAUCGGCUUUACUGGAACUCUUCGCGCUUCGCGAGGCCCAAGGCUUUCAGUUUCAGAAGGCGCAGGUUUUGUCGGCCACCAGUGAACUUAAAUGGCUCGACUGUGAAUUCAGCUUCAUGACUGGAUCUCCCAAGGCUUCCUGUCGAGGAAAGAUGAUGCUUAUUCCUAACGGCCGUGACUCCGGCGACAACGAAUGGAAGAUUUGGUCCAUGAGCACAUACCUCUCCGAGUACGAAGACUUCCCCGAGGAUGAGGGUCUGCUCAGAGUCCCUUCGACUCCUGUGACGGACGACAGCCAUAUCUCUACGAGUGUGCUGGUCGUCGGUGGGGGCAACGGAGGUUUGAUCCUGGCCGCUCGAUUGAAGGCCCUAGACAUCGACUACGUCGUGAUCGACCGGAAUGCAAGGGUAGGGGAUAAUUGGGCGACGAGAUACGACUGCAUGCGUUUCCACGUCUACAAGUCAUUCUGCGAGACACCGUACAUUCUCAUUCAAACACCGGCGGACGUAUCGGAUGAGGAUGGGGACCAAGGAGGCAAGACCUUUGGGUUAGCGUAUCCCCAGACUUCUAAUGACGGUCUCACACGAGACCAGCUAGCCGACCAAAUGGUCGCUUUCGCAAAGGAAUUCGACCUAGACCGUCGUGUUCUACACCGUACGACAAUCGCCGCAACCCAGUACAAUCAAGAGGGAAAGACAUGGAAUAUUGAGAUACAGACGGGGGAUCUUAGACGCACCCUAUCCUGCAAAUGCAUGGUCCUCGCCACGGGCGGCGCGGGCUUCGCGGGAUCCGCGCCCCUUCCAGAUCUUCCGAGCAGGGAAUCCUUCAAGGGCCCCAACAUCCACUCGGAAUCGUAUCGUAAUGCUAGCGACCUAGUCGCAGCGGGGGCGAAGUCCGUCGCCAUUAUCGGCUCUGGAAACACUGCAUUCGAUGUCUUGGUCGACUGCCACGACGCCGGUCUCAAGACUACCAUGGUACAGCGAUCAGAGACGUACGUCGUUCCCAUGACGUACUUUGCUCACCCUAUGGGCUUUGGGGUCUACGACAUCCUGUCCCCUGACGACGCGGACGUGAUUGUGAAUGGAGGCCCUUUGGCCAUCGGUGGGGCCCUCCUGGGCUUGGUGCAUCGGAUCCAGGCACAGGAAGAGCCGGAUCGAUAUGCAGAAGCUAGAAGAGCAGGGUUCCGCGUGCAAGACUCGCUGACUGGCGACCUGCUCGUGAACCUCAUCGAUCGUUGCGGAGGACACUUUGUAGACAUGGGCAGCGGCAUGGAGCUCAUCACAACGAAAAAGGCCGGUGUUCGGUCUGGGGUCGUGCCCAAGUCCUACACCGACAAAGGUCUGGUGCUAUCCGAUGGUAGUAAUCUGCAGGCGGAUGCCAUAGUCUGGUGCAUUGGCUUCGGCAACGUUGAUGGCCGAAAGAACCUCCCAGAUACCCUGGGAAUCGGAGCCGAGGACAUUGCAAGGCGUCUUGAGCCUACUUGGGGCGUGGACGCCCAGGGCGAGAUUCGUGGGCUUUGGAAGAGGCACCCUGGAGUUGACAACCUCUGGAUCUUUGCUGGUGGCACGGCUCAGCAUCGAUGGUUUUCAAAGGUGAUUGCUUUGCAGAUUAAGGGAGCUCUCGAGGGGAUCCUGCCGGACGCCUACAGACGCACACCAGAGGCACCUGUUGGUAGCGAUUGGGAGCGCGGAGACACAUGGGCUCCAAACCUGUAG